AACUGCGAUUUACAGCUGAGAUGACCCUUCAAAGGAGACAGCCACAGUGGAAGCCUGCUGUGGUUCUGUGUUGCUUUUUGCUCGGGAUCUCUCUACAGUCCGACAACAUCAGCUGUGUGUCAACCAUCAACCUGCGGCGUUUCAUUGGCUGCGCAGUCCGGGAGUUCACCUUCCUGGCCAGGAAGCCCGGCUGUGGGAGUCUGCACAUCACCACUGAUGCCUGCUGGGGGCGCUGUGAGACCUGGGAGAAGCCAAUCCUGGAGCCUCCCUUCAUUGAGUCCUAUCAGCGGGUUUGUACUUACAAUGAGACUCGGCUGGAGACUGUGAAACUACCAAACUGUCAGCCCAAUGUAGAUCCAACAUACACCUACCCUGUGGCCUUAAGAUGUGACUGUGGAGUCUGUCUGACCAGCACUACUGAAUGCAUAACUUCUGUGUGAAGUCUGAACAGGCAGAAAUAUUUUAUGUACACUUUUGGUAAUAAUUACACGCAAUACUGCUUUAACUGGAAUGUGUCACUACGCCAGGAAAUGUUGUUAGAAUGCUCUUAGUUUGGAUACUACAUAUCCAAGAAAAACCUGAGAUAUAUCACUACUGAAAUAUGUUACCAGCUUCACUUGGCAUUUUUUCUUAGGAGCAAAGCAAUCACUGUAAACCUUGCAAUGUUGUAAUU